GAGGCUGGAGGGUAUAGUCCAAACGCACCGAAACCGCUACGGGCGGGCGGACCCAAAUCUGGUCGCCGUUCCGUUCUAGCGUUCGAGGCCCCAAUCUCCUCCUCCCCCUUGAUUUCGUCCCCGAUCCUUCUUACUCGACGCCCGAUCGCACGUACGGGCGGAAUUCUAGGGUUGCUGGGGCGCGGAGCUCGGCGUUGGGCGGAGGGAAUGGAUUCGGACGACGACAUGCAUGACGCGAAUGAUGUCCAGUCGGUGGACGACGAUUUCUACGGCGGGGAGACGGGGAUAGGCAGCGACGAUGAGGACUUCGACUAUGAUUUCGUCGACAACGAGUCGGACGAUUACGAUGACGUCACCUCCCGCCAGCAGCAAAACUAUACUAUUUUGAGUGAGACUGAUAUUCGGCAGCAUCAAUGGGAAGAUAUUAGUAGAGUAUCUACUGUCCUUUCAAUACCAAGAUAUGCAGCAUCCAUCCUUCUUCGUCAUUAUAACUGGAGUAUUAGUAGGGUGCAUGAUGAAUGGUUUGUGGAUGAGGAACAUGUUCGAAAGGCUGUUGGUUUUUUGGAGAAGCCUGUUGAAAUGAUGAAUGCCAGAGAACUCACUUGUGGGAUUUGCUUCGAGAAUUAUCCUCGUGACAGUAUGAGUUCUGCUUCUUGUGGUCAUCCUUUUUGUAGGGCUUGUUGGAGAGGUUACAUUAGUACAUCAAUAAGUGAUGGUCCUGGGUGUUUAAUGUUGCGAUGCCCAGAUCCUUCAUGUGGUGCUGCUGUUGGUCAAAACAUGGUUGAUGUAUUGGCUCCUGAAGAAGAUAAAGACAAGUACUCACACUAUCUUCUUAGAUCUUAUGUUGAAGACAAUAGAAAGAUAAAGUGGUGUCCUGCUCCUGGUUGUGAGUUCGCUGUAAAGUUUGUUAUGGGCAGUGGAAGCUAUGAUAUUUGCUGCUUCUGUUCAUAUAGCUUUUGUUGGAAUUGUACUGAAGAAGCUCACCGACCAGUUGAUUGUGAUACAGUAGCAAAGUGGAUCUUGAAGAACAGUGCUGAAUCUGAAAAUAUGAAUUGGAUACUAGCAAACUCAAAGCCUUGUCCGAAGUGCAAACGGCCAAUUGAGAAAAACCAAGGAUGCAUGCAUAUAACGUGUACACCUCCUUGCAAAUUUGAGUUUUGCUGGUUAUGUCUUGGAUCAUGGUCAGAACAUGGUGAGAGGACUGGCGGUUUUUAUGCUUGUAAUCGCUAUGAAGCAGCAAAACAGGAAGGAGUGUAUGAUGAAUCCGAGAGGAGGAAAGAAAUGGCUAAAAAUUCUCUUGAGAGAUAUACACAUUAUUAUGAACGUUGGGCUACCAAUCAGUCAUCAAGGCAGAAGGCACUUGCAGAUCUUCACACUAUGCAAACUGAAAAGCUUGAGAAGCUAAGCGAUGGGCAAAGCCAACCUGAAUCCCAGCUCAAGUUCAUAAUAGAAGCCUGGUUACAGAUAGUGGAAUGUAGGCGAGUAUUGAAGUGGACAUAUGCCUAUGGUUAUUACCUUCCAGAGCACGAACAUGCCAAGAGACGGUUCUUUGAAUAUCUGCAAGGUGAGGCUGAGUCUGGGUUAGAGCGACUUCAUCAAUGUGUGGAGAAGGAGCUCCAAGUCUACCUUGAUGCGGAAUCUCCCGUGGACAACUUUAAUGAGUUCCGUACUAAACUAGCUGGACUGACCAGUGUAACUAGGAACUACUUUGAGAAUCUUGUUCGAGCCCUGGAGACUGGGUUGAAGGAUGUCGGCUCUUCCAACAGCCAGACCACAUGCACCCAGGGUUUAAGCUCCAAGAUCUUGGGCAACAAAAGUAAGGGCGGAAAGAUCAAAACAGCCGGGACCAGCUCUGGAUCUGGUGCUCCAAUCCAUAACUUGGACAACAUCAAUUUCUGGUCGUGUGACCACUGCACCUAUGCAAACCCUAGGUCUACUAACACGUGCCAUAUGUGUGAGCAUCGCAGGUAAUCCAGUCCAGUUUGGAUCCUCCUGCAAUAUGGACAGCAUUUUUCUGUAGUUUGCUCUUGAAUUUGCUUGGCCUGUGAAAAUAGAAAACAUCUCCAUGAUGCAAUGUACAUAUCACUCUAGUUUAUAACCUGGCAUACAAGAAGGGAAAUAACAGGCAGGAAAGUAGGCCUAGAGCAUAGGAAUGGGAAGAAAAGAGAUGCAUGAUUUCUGCCUGUUCAUGUAGAAAUCUAUUGCUCUUCAAGCUUGCCAAUGUGUGCUAGCAAUUUAUUGCUCUUGGACAAUAUCAUGGUCUACAUGCAGGUAAUAAACGUUGUCAAGAACAAUUAAGCUAUAUAGAAAUUUUAAUUUAUGUUCA